AUGUCUGCCGAAGCCAAAUUCAACAAGGCUGUGUCCAUCGUCGGUUCGCUCCCCAAGGAUGGGCCCGUCCAACCUACGCAGGAUGAUCAGCUCACAUUCUACGGCCUCUACAAGCAGGCCACCGUCGGUGAUGUCACCUCCAAGAGGCCCGGCAUGUUCGACUUGGCUGGCAAGUACAAGUGGGACGCCUGGAACAAGAACCAGGGCAUGUCCAAGGAGGAUGCUCAGCAGGCUUACGUUGAUGCUCUUCUCGAGAUUCUGAAGAAGCACGAAGACGAAGGAGACUCUGCUCAGUACAUCGAGCAGAUUCAGAACGCCUAA